UCGCCACGGCGGCGACAGAGAGUCCGACCUGAUAGGUCGUGCCCCACCAGCUCGGUGCGGCUAUUUGGGCCAAUCGGCGGAGCAUUGCAACGUCCGCUCGCGUUCCCGAAAGCCGAGUGGAAAGGGUAACGAGGCGAGGUGCCAAAGUGACCAGGGGAUCACGGCUUCGGGAGGCGCGGUCUCUCCCUCCCCUCCGCCUCCACACACACUCACAUAAUCACGCACACACUCACAUACUCUCACACACACUCACAUACUCUCUCACACACACACUCACAUACUCUCACACACACGCGCACACUUUCGCACACUCGUGGUGCCUCUCGCCUCCCGACUCUUGGCAGAGUCGCGUCGUGAACGCGGCCACGUUGCGCGGCGCCCACCGUUAAGAAUGCAGCUGGCACAGGUCUGCUUUGCUCCCGCCUCCAUCAAACUGGCGCCGGGCUUUCCCACUUUCGCAAAUCGGUUACAUCAUCAUCACCACCACCACCACCAACACCAGCAGCACAACAACAACCACCACCACCAGCAGCAGCAGCAACCAGCGUUUGAUGUGGAAUUGUCUUUGAGGGAUGAUCCACGCACGUUCCCAGGCGACGCGGAGCGGGCGGGCGCUCUUCACAAACUCACCCUCGGCAUGAGCGGGCAGCCGGGGCUCUUCUCCUUGACGCCCUCCAAGGACAAUCACCCCGAGGAGCCCCAGCAGCAGCAGCAGCAGCACCAGCAGCAGCAGCAGCAGCAUCACCAGGGCAGGAUCCCCCUCUACUUCGGGGAGCUGAGCUGCGAGGCGCGCCACGCAUUCGAGGAGAGCGCCGACCGCUUCGCCACCCAGGCAGCAGCCGCCAGUGGCGGAGGCGUCAUGUUCCCGUACGUGGGGCAGCAAGUGGCGGGCAGCCACCCGGCAUUCCCCAUGGGCAGCCCUGGCCGCUACGUGUCGGCGCAGUCCAUGCUGUCUGGCGGCCCUUACGGCACCUUCCUGACACCCUCGGCCAGCGCGCAGCCCUUCCCUGGGUACUCGUACCCGCAGCAGUACCCGCACGGGUACCAUCAGGGUGGAUCCUUCUACCCACUGGGGCCGCCGCAGCCCGGGCUAGUGCCGGGCAAGGCGCACGUGUACCUGUGCAACCGCGCGCUCUGGCUCAAGUUUCACCGCUUUCAGACGGAGAUGAUUAUCACGAAGCAGGGCAGGCGUAUGUUCCCCUUCCUGAGCUUCACGGUGUCGGGACUCGACCCCACGGCACAUUACAACGUGUUCGUGGACGUGGUCCUCUCCGACCCCAAUCACUGGCGCUUUCAGGGCGGCAAGUGGGUGCCCUGCGGCAAGGCUGACACCAACGUGCAGGGUAACCGCACCUACGUGCACGCGGACUCGCCCAACUCGGGCGCUCAUUGGAUGCGACAGGAGAUCUCCUUCGGCAAGCUGAAGCUCACCAACAACAAAGGCGGCACCAACAACACGGCGCAGAUGAUCGUGCUGCAGUCGCUGCACAAGUACCAGCCGCGGCUGCACGUCGUGGAGGCGAGCGAGGAGGGCGUGGAGGAGGCCGUGGCACAAGCGGCGCGAGCCCAGACCUUCACCUUCCCCGAGACGCAGUUCAUCGCAGUCACCGCCUACCAGAACACGGACAUCACACAGCUGAAGAUAGAUCAUAACCCCUUUGCCAAAGGCUUCCGGGACAAUUAUGAUUCCAUCUACCCGGGCGUGGACCUGGACCGCCUCACCCCGUCGCCACACGACCCCUUGCGCCCGCACUCGCUGUUCGGGCCGCGUUACGACAGCGGCUCCCUCCUCUCCGAGCGAUUCGGCUCCCCGUCCUACGGCUCCAAGUUGGCCGCAGCCUUCAACGACAGUGAACGCGCCGAGCGCUGGCUCAUGGGACCACUGCCGCAGUCUCCCUUUGAGCCCGACAUGGGGGCCCUCGGCGGCGCCGUGGGCGGCGGAGGCAGCGGCGCGGGAGGCGGCGGUGGAGCCGGCUCCCUCCUACCCUAUGGCCUCAAACCGAUCGCGCUGCCGCCCAGCCCCUCGUGCUCGCUGAGCUAUUACGCGGCCGCGGAGCACGGCGCCUUGGGCGCGGCCAGCGACUGGAGCAAGUCCUGGGGGCGAAUGCCACACCACCUCCAGCAACAGUAUCAUCAACCUCAUCAUCCACAUCAGCAGCAGCAGCAGCAGCCUUCGACUGCUGGAUUUUCCGCGGGCGCAUGCAGUAGCAGCACAUCCAUGUUCCAGGAGCUGCAGCAGAUCGGUGGGGUGGUGGGGGUCCCCGUGCCCGAGGAGGUGCGGCCAGACAAGCUGCUGGAGAGCCCCCCCUCCAGCAAAUCCGCCGAGUCCGGCGACUCCGGGGUGUUCGAGAGCGGCGGUGCCGGCGCAGCGGCGGUGGUGGCGGCGACGGCGGAGGACGUGUCCGCCAAGAAGCGGCGUCUCUCGACCGAGGUCGAAGAGGGCAGCUUCGGGCAGCACAAGCGGGACACCGACCCCCCUGUCCUUGCUCCUCCCUCCGCUGCUACAUUGUCGGGUGGCGGUAGAGAAUUCGCCAAAAGCUGCCUCAAGGAAAAUCCAGCCCCAUGCUUUGGCGAAUACUACGAGCCGGAGUAGUGGCGGGAGGCAGUCGCCUCGGAUUAUGGUGAGGCCCUCUGGUCUCAGGAGCAGUGCAAGUGAUUUUACGACGAUGAACUGAUGAUGGUGGUGUUGUUGCUGUUGUUGAUUUGUUACAUUUUUGUAAGAUAUAAUUCAUUUGUUUUGGAGAAAAAGACACCCGUUCUCUUCGGCUGUGUGCGAGUAACGUGCCAGAGCAGUGUUACCCAAGUCAAUCAACAUCAACGAAAUGCACUCUUUUUUGUUGUUGUUAUUUUGGCACGUGAUGGCGUGUUCAAUAAUUGUGCUUGUUUUGUGAACACUCACACGUGGCCAAUAUUAGCACCGCCGUCACGCGUGCUCUUGCUGAUCAAUUGUAGCGUUACUUUUACAACCGAAUGAAAGAGAGUAUGUACAUGCGUAAAAGGGAAUCCUUUUGUAUUGUUCCUUCAUAUUGACGUCAAUUAACACGUGUAAGGGCCAGUUACGAGUUCCAUAAUAUUCAUGAAGUGACAUGUUCCCUCAUCUCAAAUGUAUUUACUUUCAAAACUAAGGGAAAAUAUCGCUGAAGGUAUUUCUGCAACUCACCACAGAUUCACAUUUUAACGAAAGGGCCGAAACACUUCACUCGUGAUCACCUAAAAGUCACGGGAGUUGCGCGUUUAUAAAUGCCCGGGGCGAUUUGCUCCAAUUGACUGGCGGUGGUAACGGAAACAUUUGUGCGUUUUCGCGAAAUGAAAUCAGAGACACAAAAUGAACAGACGCCGACAAUGUCACGAAUUGAGCUUGAAACGUUCGCCUGAGUUGAAAACUCGUCUCUCAGUUAUCAUCGCGUUGCAGAGGUGCGCACGCUCGGAGUGCCGAAGGUAAAAAGUGCAGUAUUCGCCAUUCCAGUCACACAGGAAUGGCCGGUAGGCAGACACAAGUUCAUCGUUGCUUUUCUCGAGUUCCGAGCGAGCACUAGUUUUGUAUAUAGCGUGUAGCUACUUUGUAAUAUGUAUAGGUUUAUGUCAGUGUAAUAGCAUAUGCACUGUGCGUGUAUGUAGGAUGAUCAAAUAGUAACGAGAUGUUGUACGUAUAUUUAAAGUAUGCGCAUACUCACACGUAUUACAUUAUUUAUUCAGUAUCACCAUCAUCCUCGGCCAUGGUAAACCCAGUGCUAGGGGAAAUCAUCCCAAAGCCGUCACCACCUCGCACGAUCCGGCUAUGUGACCAUCCAUCCAGCAACAUAUGCAUCCAACUGAGACCAUCGCCAAACUUCCUCAGUGGUCCUCAUUAUCUUCAAACGCGAGGAAUUCAACUGAAGCGAGGCUUCGCAAAAAGGCCUGCCGCAUUUUGGGUGGUGGUUACUUUUUGUAAGUACGUACGGUAUAUAAUUCCCAGCAUACGCCAUCUUUCUUGGCAUGGAGAGAGGACACACGUGUACCUCUGUGCGCUGCGUCUCUUGUGUGCGCGCGAUUACUAACGAGUGGAAUUUGUUAUCCCGACCUAACCACGGUCUCCCAUAGGUCGAUUCAAUCUAAAUUUAGUAACUGGUGCGUUUCAUGAAAAACCAGCAUUGGGAAGGCAAACGCGGCCGGGCAUGUGUGUGUGUGAUUCUGGCCAUAUCACCCCACCUCGUUAAUCGUACUGGCCUCAAGUCAUCAUCAUCACCAUCAUCGUCGACCAUCAUCAGCCAUGAUCCAAUCCACGGAUGAAGGCCUUCCCAAGCCAUCGUCACCUCUCACGGUCCUUUGAUGUUCUCAACAGAUGCUCGCUAACAGUGCUUACCUCCACUGGAGUCUGCAAGGCUAUAGAGCGUUUGCCUUCAAAUGUGUAUAUGUGUACAUUUCACACGCAUACAUACAUACAGACACACAGUGGUAUGGCUUGUAUUGGACAUGGUGAGAUUUGCCGGUACUGCACACCCGUUCCAAGGCAUCCAAUGCGCGGUCUGGCUGUUGCGUGUUGCAGCGACGUGUCUACUGCCUGAUGCUCAACGACUUCCCGUGUCACCACUCCUGCACGUGUCCAUUCAUCUCACCACCGCACACUCACAUUUCACGCCAGGCUUUCCAGAUCUUUCCGUGGCUAAAAAUAUCGUUCUGAGCUCUUUUAUUUAUUUCAUCGGAAUAACUGUUGGUAAGUGUUGAAAAUUGUUUUAAUGUGUAAACAAAACAAACAAACAAAAAAACAUGCUGUACCCCAAUUUAUUAUGCUGCGUUUAAAAUGUCACGGUUUUAAUCGUCAGAAUAUUUCCCAAAAAGCGCCAAUGUAGCGUGAGCGACAGGUGAAGUUAUGCCCGUAUUUAUUUCAAUAUAUUUAAACACCUCUACACGUGUUUGCACUUUAUUUGCACCUUGGAUUAUAUAUUGCAAAUAAAAUGUCUAAAUUAAGACUUGUAUAAUAUGUCAGUAACGGAAAGCGGCGUUUCGCGGGUGAGACGCGGGCAACUCGAGGUCCGUGCCGUCUACAAUCGCUGAGGCCCGGACAUUGUUCAUAAAUCAGGGGGGCCGGGUUAUUUUUAAACUCGAAGCGUCUGUAAUGGCACCGAUAUACGAAAACGCAGGCGGGGCGUCUGAAAGGCGAGCUUAUUUUCCGGAAUGACAAAUGUCGUUUAAUAUCAGCGAUAAAUUUAGCGGAAAUACAUUCUGCCGAAUAAUUAGACGAAAAAAAAUUGGCAUACGCGUAUCACCGGUCGCGUGAUUGUACGUACGAAUCUAAUGAGUUCCCUACCAUUACCUUCCUUGUGAUGCACACGCGUGUGUGUUUGUGUGAACCACGGACAACACAACCAAGUUACCGUGUUCCCACAAAACCCGAAGACGUGUUUAGAACAUGUAUAUACGUAGUCGUGUUUACGUUAGCGCUGCGUAAUUACGCGACGCGCCGUGCCCCGAGCGUUGCCUCUGCUCCGCUGAGCGCGGUAACACGGCUUGACCGUAAGACUCCCGCGACGCACAGGGAGAGCCGGGAGAACCCGGGGCAAGGUUUGUGAAGGUUGCCCCCGUCUCGCGUAGAGGAGGAGCUGGAGCGAGGGCACGGCUCAGGAAUUCGCGUCCCGGUUUAAAGUAACCGAGCGAGCGAGGGAGUCGCGUGGGUGGUGUCGCGCGCUCGCACCGGGCGCAGGAAUUUCCUCUCUCGCCCGGGCGCGCGCGACAUCGAAGCGACUCCUCCGCGCGUGUGCGCCGGGCUCAGCUCAAUCCGCACGCAGCCCCCGCGUAAGGGCAGACACGGGAUAGACACACACACACAUACACACAGACAUACGGACACACACGCACACAUAUACACAUACACAUGAACGCGCGGAUACGUGCAUGCAAACGGACAAAACGGGGAUACACACACACACGUGCUCAGACAUAUACAAAGACAAAGACCCCCUGUAUAACCUGAACAGACUGU